AUGUAUCGCUUAGCACCUGGUGCUACUCUACACUUCUGCUUCAUUGACCGAAUGCUAAGCGUACUUAUGGCUAUAAAAGAAGGAGAAUUUGUUGCUCUAUCAGUAUUAGAGAUAUUCCUAAUGUUCGUAAUAAUAGAGCUGAUUAUUGUUCUUAACAUUAGAGACCUUCUUAAUGUUAGAGCAGAUCAAAAAGAAGAGCUGGUAUUCGAUCCCGUAGAGGAUACUGUACGUCCGUGGCGGAGUUGUGUGAUCACAGAACGGACAUGGAAUCCGUCGUACACGCUUUAUUCAACACUAAUUGAAAUCUAUGAGAAUUCUCAAGGAAAAUUCCGAUAUCCACGAAGUAUAUCCAUGAAUUUUCCAUAUUCGCAAAUCACCGCCAUACAAUCCGUGAAGAAAAAUUAUUCUUCCUCCAGAGAGCAAGGAUGUAACUGUAAUGGGAGCUAUGGUACGAGAUGGUGCCGGAAAACCUUUUCGUCUGCCGGCGGCAACAUCAAAGAUGUUUGUUUACAAGCAAAAACUUCCCCUAUACAAAACAAACCUACUGUGUUGUUUUUCAUUUUCAAAUAA